AUGCACGAGGAGCAGCGCCAGGCCCUCCAGGAGCAGCUGACCGAUGUCAUCCUCCACGUCCUGAAGACCCACCCGGAGCUGCACUAUUACCAGGGCUACCACGACAUCGCUGUGACCCUGCUGCUGGUCUCUGGCGAGCGCAUGGCCGUUGCUCUGCUGGAGAGGCUCUCGACGCUUCAUCUCAGGGACUUUAUGGACCCCACAAUGGACAGCACCAAGCACAUCCUCAAUUACCUCAUGCCUAUUCUGCAGCAGGAGAGCCCUCGACUCCAUGACUUCAUGCAAAGAGCUGAGGUGGGGACCAUCUUCGCCCUGAGCUGGCUGAUCACCUGGUACGGCCACGUCCUUGCCAACUUCCAGCACAUCCUUCGCCUCUAUGAUUUCUUCCUGGCCUCCCACCCUCUCAUGGCAGUUUACUUUGCCGCUGCGAUUGUCCUCUUCCGCGAAGAGGAGGUGCUGGCCUGUGACUGUGACAUGCCCAGCAUCCACCAGCUCCUGUCCCAGAUCCCUCAGGACCUGCCUUACGAGACCCUCAUCGUCCGUGCCCACCAGCUCUUCCAGCGUCUCCCGCACUCCGAGCUGGCCAAGCAGGCAGCGCUUCAGCUCCAGAAGAGCAUCAGCAUUGGGACUUUCUCAGCCUUCCAGCAGGCUGCUUCGUGCCAACGCCCAGACGCCAUCCUGCGCCAGCAGCGACACUUAACCACCAGCAAGGCAGAGGAGGCGGGCAGGCUCCUCCCUGCAGCCGAGCACAACCCUUUGGUGAAGGCCGCGGUCUGGGGCAUCACAGCCACGCUGGGGGCCGCGGCACUGGCAGUCACGCAGACCGCCCUGGAGUGGGCUCCCGAGUUCCUCCUGCAGCUCUUCUGACCGUGAACGCAAGACGUUGUGCCCAGUGGAACUGGAGGACCGCCUCUUGGGGGCGCCCUAGCUCUGGGUUCCCUGCACUGAGCAAAGGGAUCAACUCAAAGGCCACCCAACUCUAUGAUUCUGACCCAAAGACUCCUGAAUGCUCUGCAGGGCAAAGGGCAGCCAAAA